AUUUUUGGUCCGAAAGCCAGAGAGAGAGAGCGCCAAAGCCCUUCUCUGAUUUGCAGAGAGAAUCCAACGAAGAAGAAGAAGAAGAAGAACAGAAACAGCAAAAUACACACACAUUUUUUUUUUUUAAAGAGUUAAAGAGAUAGAUAGAUAGAUAGAGAGAGAUGUAUUGUAAAUUUUGAUAAUUCCAACCAGGUCCUUUUUUUUCCCCUUCUUAUCCAAUCCCGAGAAAUGUUGGAGGGUCGGUUCUGCUUGCUUUCGAGGGUGUUUUCGAGCUCUUGCCAGCAGCAGCCAGAAAGCAAGUGGCCUUACAUGAUGACUUUUCAUCAGCUCAAAGUCGAUAUUGCCAAGGGAAAGCGGCCACUAGAGUUUGAUGGGGAAGAUGAUGAUGAUGAAGAGAGUCGACAGCGCAAGUUGUGUAAGCUACUGGAUUGCUGUGAGGUGAUGGAGACGGCUCAACCUUGUUCGUGUGGUGAGCAAUCCGAAGAUGAGAGUAAUCAGGAUGGGGCUGCUGCUUCCUCAGAUUCAGACUCCCUCAUACAUCGCAUUGGGAGGGACAACUCCAUCAGCUGCCUAAUUCACUGCUCGAGGUCCGAUUAUGGUGCCAUUGCCUCAUUGAACAAGAGCUUCUGGUCGUUAGUUAGGACUGGGGAGCUCUAUAAGCUGAGGAGGCAGAAUGAUGUCAUUGAGCACUGGAUUUAUUUUUCGUGCCACCUUCUUGAAUGGGAAGCGUUUGAUCCCAAUCGCGGAAAGUGGAUGCACUUGCCCAGAAUGACUUCUAACGAAUGCUUCAUGUGUUCAGAUAAGGAGUCUUUGGCUGUAGGCACUGAGCUUCUUGUAUUUGGUAAGGAGGUCACUGCCCAUGUAAUCUUUAGGUACAGUAUUUUAACAAACUCAUGGUCUUCUGGAAUGAGGAUGAAUGCCCCGAGAUGCUUGUUUGGGUCUGCAAGCCUCAAGGAGAUUGCAAUUUUGGCAGGUGGUUGUGAUUCAGAGGGAAGGAUACUCAGCUCUGCGGAGCUAUACAAUUCCGAGACUCAGACUUGGGAGCUCCUCCCGGACAUGAAUAAGCCUCGAAAGAUGUGUUCCGGGGUCUUUAUGGAUGAAAAGUUUUAUGUUAUUGGUGGGAUUGGGGGAAGUGAUUCAAAGGUUCUUACAUGUGGAGAACAAUAUGAUUUAAAGACGAAAAAAUGGACAGAAAUACCUAACAUGUCUCCUGGACGAAGUGGUGCAGCCAGGGAGAAUGAAAUGCCUGCAACCGCUGAGGCGCCGCCUCUGGUUGCAGUGGUAAAUAAUGACUUGUAUGCAGCUGACUAUGCUGACAUGGAGGUGAGGAAGUAUGACAAAGAAAGAAGAUUGUGGAUCACGGUGGGAAGAUUGCCCGAGCGGGCAGUCUCAAUGAAUGGUUGGGGGCUCGCAUUCAGGGCUUGUGGGGAUCGUCUUAUUGUCAUUGGUGGACCUAGGAAUCUCGGUGAAGGUUUCAUCGAGAUCAAUGCAUGGGUUCCGAGUGAAGGUCCUCCACAGUGGAACUUGCUUGCGAGAAAGCAAUCUGGUAACUUUGUCUAUAACUGUGCUGUAAUGGGAUGCUGAAGCUUCAUAUGUAUAAGAUUGGUUUGUCCACCAACACAGGAGUCUUGCUAAUUGGUAACACUCCCCCUUUCUUUAUAGAUUGUUUUUCCAUUUGGGUGGGGGAGAAUGGGGAAAAGUUUAGACUUACUCAAGAUUCAAUUGAAUAUUUUCUUGGAAUGAGAUCGAUCUUGAGGAAAUUUUUUUUGUUCUUUUCUUUUCUUUUCAAACUUCUAUUUGUUUUCCUCCAUGGAAUGUCUUUCCCCCAUUUUUAGUGACAUAAGAAAUUUCAAAGGUUGGCAUCAUGUAGGAAAAGAAUGGGUUCAAUAAUUUGAAGUACCAACACAUCGUGGUAGGUUGUCAGUAGUGCUCGCUGAAGCUUUCUUACUUAAAUACACAGAACUAGUUGUAAUGGUUUCCCUUCUUUAAUUUCAUUUGUGUUGUCUUCGAAAGAGAAUGAGAGAUUGUUAACUUGGAUGCUGGCUUUAUGUACGGAUCACAUACGUGAUGAAAUUGAUGGGAUAUAUUUCAAGUUUUCAAAGUUUUAAAUUCA